AGAAAAAAAUACUCAACAUGUCAAAAGAAGAGAAAUUCAAAAAAUAUGAACAUGUUGUAAUGAAAGAUUUAACGGAAAGGCAAUACAAAACUAUCCUGAAUAAAUAUUAUUCAAUUGAAGGAAGAAUCAUAAAUUUGGAAAAUGAGAUACCAUGGUACAAUGCUUGCAAAGCAUGUAACAAAAAGGUACAAUUAAAGGGAGAUAGUGCAAGAUGUGACAAAUGUAACACUGAUGAUACAAAAUAUACACAAAAGUAUAUGGGAAGAUUCAAGGUGACAGAUUCAACUGAUACAAUAAUUGUUACAAUCUUUGAGAAUCUUGAAACAAUUACAGGAUGUUCAGCAAGUGAAUAUGCAAGAUCACCAGAAAAGGUAAAAAAAUACACAUACAAAAUAUGUUAAAUGCAAAAAUAUAGUAAAUCCUAUAACUCUUCUUUUUUUAU